AUGCAAGCCUUGAGGACGACGUCGCUGUUGCGUGCGUCGCGCACAUGUAGGAGGCCGAUUGCUGAAACAUGCCGCCCCUUGCAAGUGCAAGCACGCCGUGCUUUGUCCAUCGAGGGACAGCAGAAGCUGCUCUCGGCCGACCUUGAGGAAGCCGAUCCUACCGUCUACAACAUCAUUCAAAAGGAGAAGAGGAGGCAAAAGCACUUUAUCAACCUGAUUCCUUCCGAGAACUUCACAUCGCAAGCAGUACUGGAUGCCUUGGGCAGUGUCAUGCAAAACAAGUACUCGGAAGGUUACCCCGGAGCCAGAUACUACGGUGGAAACGAGCACAUUGACGAGGCCGAGAGACUCUGUCAGCAGAGAGCACUCCAGGCGUUCCGUCUCGACCCCGAGAAAUGGGGCGUCAACGUCCAGCCCCUGUCCGGAUCACCCGCCAACCUCUACGCCUACUCGGCCCUCCUCAAUGCUCACGACCGUAUCAUGGGUCUCGACCUCCCCCACGGCGGCCACUUGUCGCACGGCUACCAGACACCUACCAAAAAGAUCUCGGCCAUCUCAAAGUACUUUGAGACGCUCCCAUACAGACUCGACGAGAAGACCGGCCUGAUUGACUACACCAAGCUGCAAGAGCUGGCUAUGCUCUACCGUCCCAAGAUCAUCAUCGCUGGUACAUCGGCAUACAGCAGACUGAUUGACUACAAGAAGUUCCGCGUCGUUGCCGACAACGUUGGCUCAUACCUCCUUUCCGACAUGGCUCACAUCUCUGGUCUCGUCGCUGGUGGCGUCAUCCCCUCGCCCUUCGACUACUCGGACGUUGUCACCACCACUACACACAAGUCUCUCCGCGGUCCCCGUGGUGCCAUGAUCUUCUUCCGCAAGGGUGUGAGAAGCGCCGACAAGAAGGGCAAUGAGAUCAUGUACGACCUCGAAGGCCCUAUCAACUCAUCAGUCUUCCCUGGCCAUCAAGGUGGUCCUCACAAUCACACCAUCACCGCAUUGGCUGUCGCCUUGCAACAGGCUCAGUCAUCCGAGUUCAAGCAGUACCAACAGACAGUUCUUGACAACGCAAAGGCCUUUGCAUCUCGUCUCGGAAACACAAAGGACAAGGGCGGUCUUGGCUACACAAUCGUCUCUGGCGGUACCGACAACCACUUGGUCCUGGUCGACCUCAAGGACAAGAACAUUGAUGGUGCUCGUGUUGAGCGUAUUCUCGAGCUCGUUGGUGUUGCUGCCAACAAGAACACUGUACCUGGUGACAAGUCAGCCAUGAAGCCCGGUGGUCUUCGUAUGGGCACCCCGGCCAUGACCACUCGUGGUUUCCAGCCCGAGGACUUCAAGCGUGUCGCUGAUGUCGUUCACCGCGCUGUCGAGAUUACCCGCAGAUUGGACGGCGUCGCAAAGGAUGCAGCUGAGAAGGCUGGUCGUAAGAACCCUGGCAGUGUGAACGCCUUCCGAGAAUAUGUCGGCGAAGGCGAGGAGAUCACCGAGGUCGUCCAGCUGAGAAAGGAGGUCGAGGACUGGGUUGGCACAUUCUCUCUUCCUUGGGACAAAGCAUAA